CCAAAGACCACUAUUUCUAAUUUACAGACUGAUCGAAACACAAACAAUAUUGUAAUCCAGAUUUCAGUGGUUGGAUCUUGCAAGCAAUGGUGUCCAAUCUGUGCUACAGGUCUCCUCCUCUCACUCGUCUUAUAAAUACCUCUCGCCCAAUUCAUCUUCCCAAAUCAAACCUUCCUUCUCCAAUUCAUCUUCCCAAAUCAAACCUUUUUUCUCCACUUCGGUUGACGCAAACUCAUACGACUUCUGGCUUCAGAAUUCGUAGAUAUCCCUGCAAUCGAGCAUUUCCGUUGUUGGCUUUCCAGAGAACCCAGAAGCCUUUACAUACCAGAAAGGACAGCGACAGCCCGAUGACGAUUAAGCCUGCGGUUCGCGUUUCCGACGGGAAACUGAUAGUGAAGAACCGGACCGUUCUGACCGGAUUACCGGACAAUGUGGUCGCCACGUCCGGUUCGGCUUCCGGUCCCGCCGAGGGAGUCUUCCUCGGCGCCGCGUUCGAGGAGGGCAGCAGCCGGCACGUGACUUCUCUCGGAACUUUUCAAAACGGCGUGCGUUUCAUGGCGUGCUUCCGGUUCAAGCUAUGGUGGAUGGCCCAGAAAAUGGGCCGCUCCGGCCGCGACGUCCCUCUCGAGACUCAAUUCCUAUUGGUCGAGACCCAAGACGGGUCCCACCUCGAAGAGGACCAGAUCGUGUACGCCGUGUUCCUCCCUCUUAUCGAAGGCCCCUUCAGGGCUAGCUUACAGGGGAACAGCGGAGACGAGCUGGAGCUUUGUUUGGAGAGCGGCGACGUGGACACCAAAGCGGCGUCGUUUAGCCACGCGGUGUUCGUUCACGCCGGGACGGACCCGUUCGCGACGAUAACGGAGGCUGUCAGGGCCGUUAAGGUCCACCUGAAGACGUUUCGUCAACGUCACGAGAAGAAGCUCCCCGGAAUCGUCGACUAUUUCGGGUGGUGCACCUGGGACGCGUUUUACCAGGAAGUGACUCAGGAAGGAGUUGAGGCAGGCCUCAAGUCCCUCACCGCCGGCGGAGCGCCACCGAAGUUUGUCAUCAUCGACGACGGGUGGCAGUCCGUCGCCGGCGAUCAGGACAAAGCCGGCGAGCUACAGAGACUGACCGGAAUCAAAGAAAACUCGAAGUUUCAACACAAGGAUGAUGGGAUCAUGACCAUAGUGAACAUUGCAAAAGAAAAAUACGGGUUGAAGUACGUGUACGUCUGGCACGCGAUUACCGGCUACUGGGGAGGAGUCCGGCCCGGAACUGAAUACGGGUCGGUUCUGAAGUACCCGGAUUUGUCAAAAGGGGUUAUGGAAAACGAACCGGCCUGGAAAACGGACAUGAUCCGGUUACAGGGUCUGGGCUUAGUGAACCCGAAAAGCGUGUACAAGUUUUACAACGAGCUACACAGCUACUUGGCCUCUGCGGGUGUAGAUGGGGUUAAGGUGGACGCGCAGUGCGUGCUGGAGACUCUCGGAGCCGGGCUGGGCGGGCGGGUCGAGCUGACCCGGCAGUACCACCAGGCAUUGGACGCUUCGGUGUCUCGGAACUUUGAAGAUAAUGGGAUCAUAGCAUGCAUGAGCCAUAAUACUGAUGCGCUGUACUGUGCGAAACAGACGGCGGUGGUGAGAGCCUCCGACGAUUUCUACCCGCGCGAUCCGGUGUCGCAUACGAUCCACGUGGCGGCGGUGGCGUAUAAUAGCGUUUUCCUCGGCGAGUUUAUGCUGCCGGAUUGGGAUAUGUUCCACUCGCUCCACCCCGCGGCUGAGUACCACGCGUCCGCUAGAGCCAUUAGUGGUGGACCUGUUUAUGUUAGUGAUGCGCCUGGGAAGCAUGACUUUGAGCUUUUGAAGAAGAUGGUAUUGCCGGACGGGUCGGUGCUCCGGGCGCGGUUACCCGGAAGGCCGACCCGGGACUGCUUGUUCACUGACCCGGCCCGGGAUGGGAUGAGUUUGUUGAAGAUAUGGAACAUGAAUAAGUACACAGGUGUAGUGGGGGUGUACAAUUGCCAAGGAGCAGCAUGGAGUUCACUGGAGAGAAAGAAUGCAUUCCACGAGACGAAAUCGGACGCCAUUACCGGUUAUGUUCGCGGCCGUGACGUCCACCUCAUUAAGGAGGCAGCCACUGAUCCCGAUUGGAAUGGUGACUGCGCCUUGUAUUGCAAUCGGACAGGGGAGCUUGUGACAUUGCCUCACAAUGCUGCCGUGCCUAUUUCCCUCAAAGUGCUUGAACAUGAGAUUUUCACUGUCAGCCCCAUCAGGGUUUUGGCGCCUGGCGUGAGAUUCGCUCCUUUGGGACUGGUUGACAUGUACAAUGCCGGUGGAGCCAUUGAAGACUUGAGAUAUGAGCAGAGAUUAGUCUCUAUGGAGGUUAGAGGGUGUGGCAAGUUUGGUAUGUAUUCUUCAGAGAAGCCCAUGAGGUGCUGUGUAGGGACUAAUGGGGUUGAUUUCAGCUAUGAUUCGGCAUCUGGGUUGGUGACUUUGAUCUUGGAUCAUAUGCCUGAAGAGGGAAAAAGAGUACAACUAGUCGAGGUUGAGUUAUAGGAAAUUACUGUUACGUUAGAGUUUAAUUCCCUCCAGUUUUUCUCUGUCAUCUAGAUUCAUCUUCUGUGUAGAGGGAAAGACAUUUAAACCAUUUCUAUUGUUGUGAGAUUUAUCAAUAAUUCAUGAACCAAUUACACUAAUGCUUUAUUGUCACUUCAGAUUAGAAUGCUAGAACUCCUGAUGUAAACCAUUUCUAUUGUCGUGAGCUUUAUCAAUAAUUCAUGAACCAAUUACACCAA